CUAAGAGGGGUAGUGCGAGGUGUGCCGUAGCAGACUAAGCCAAUCGACUAAUUGGUUGCCAGAGAGAGAAAGACAGCGGGAGGGAAGGGGGACUCCAAAAAUAAUGUCGAGAGAAGGCGAAUCAGGCGGCGGAAGUGGGGGAAUGCCGGGGCGUAGCGACGAGUCAUCUUCGCGGUCAGAUCAGGGGAACAUUAAUCCCACACCAUCAACCCCAGAAUCGCCUACGUCAGCAGGAUUUAACACAGAUCAGCUGCCUCCGAACACGAGCCAGAAUUACUCUGAAGAGGAGGACGACGACGAGGCAUCCGUGGACCCGGAAAUCAUCAGAGACGAGGAAGAAAAUGAAGCGGAGGAGGAGGAGGAAGGAGAGGACCUCUUCAACGAUAACUACCUGGAUGAUUAUCGGAGAAUGAAUGAGCAGGACCAAUACGAGUCCCUGGGACUUGACGAUUCCAUGGAGGACGAAAGGGAUUUGGAUCAGAUCAUGGCCGACAGAAGGGCUGCCGAGAUCCAACUUGAUGCCAGGGACACUCGCUUCCGAGCCUCAUCUCAGCAGCGAAAGCUACCCCAGCUUCUCCACGACCAGGAUACCGAUGAUGACAACUACAGGCCCUCAAAACGAACUCGAGCUGAUUUUAGGCCUCCCACCGCUCCAAGAAGCUUUGAAGACACUGAUGCAAUGCAGAGCUCACCUCAUAGAUCACAGCCAGCAAACUCCAGAGAGGAUGUGCCCAUGACUGAUCCAACUGAUGAUGAUCCAUUUGAGGAUGAUGACAAUGAGGAUGGUGAAUUUGAAAUGUACCGGGUUCAAGGAACGCUUAGAGAAUGGGUUACUAGAGAUGAGGUGCGGCGUUUCAUUGCAAAGAAAUUUAAAGAGUUCUUGCUCACAUAUGUGAAUCCAAAGAGUGAUAGUGGGGACUUUGAGUAUCUGCGGCAGAUAAAUGAGAUGGUAUCAGUAAACAAGUGCAGCCUUGAGAUUGAUUACAAGCAGUUUAUCUAUAUCCACCCCAAUAUUGCCAUCUGGCUGGCAGAUGCACCCCAUUCGGUCCUAGAGGUCAUGGAAGAAGUUGCUAAUAAAGUUGUUUUCGACUUGCAUCCAAACUAUAAGCAGAUUCAUCAAAAAAUCUAUGUUCGCAUCACCAAUUUGCCUGUCUAUGACCAGAUACGUAACAUCCGGCAGAUUCAUUUGAACACCAUGAUUCGUAUUGGAGGAGUUGUAACCCGUCGUUCUGGAGUCUUUCCUCAAUUACAACAAGUGAAGUAUGACUGUAACAAAUGUGGUGCAAUCUUAGGACCAUUUUUCCAGAAUUCUUAUUCAGAGAUUAAGGUUGGUUCUUGCCCAGAAUGCCAAUCUAAAGGACCAUUUACUGUCAACAUUGAGCAGACGAUAUACAGGAAUUACCAGAAACUUACCCUUCAAGAGAGCCCGGGAAUUGUACCAGCUGGUCGGUUACCAAGAUGCAAGGAAGUUAUACUGUUGAAUGAUCUUAUUGAUUGUGCCCGUCCAGGAGAAGAGAUUGAGGUGACAGGCAUUUACACAAAUAACUUUGACUUGUCUCUCAAUACAAAGAAUGGUUUUCCUGUUUUUGCAACUGUUAUUGAAGCAAAUUAUGUAACAAAGAAGCAAGACCUCUUCUCAGCUUACAAACUCACCCAGGAGGACAAGGAAGAAAUUGAGAAGUUGGCCAAAGACCCUAGGAUUGGAGAAAGAAUCAUCAAGUCCAUUGCGCCUUCCAUAUAUGGUCACGAGGACAUAAAAACUGCAAUUGCUCUUGCAAUGUUUGGGGGCCAAGAGAAAAAUGUUGGAGGAAAACAUAGACUACGGGGUGACAUCAAUGUGCUCCUGUUAGGUGAUCCUGGCACGGCAAAGUCACAGUUCCUGAAGUAUGUUGAAAAGACUGCUCAAAGAGCUGUCUAUACUACAGGAAAAGGAGCUUCUGCUGUAGGGCUAACAGCAGCAGUCCACAAGGACCCAGUCACCCGAGAGUGGACACUGGAAGGUGGGGCUCUUGUUCUGGCUGAUAGAGGGAUAUGUCUUAUUGAUGAGUUCGAUAAGAUGAAUGAUCAAGACAGGGUGAGUAUUCAUGAAGCCAUGGAGCAACAGAGCAUAAGUAUAUCAAAGGCAGGGAUUGUCACAUCUCUUCAGGCCCGUUGUUCUGUUGUUGCUGCUGCAAAUCCUAUUGGUGGAAGAUAUGAUUCCUCAAAAACCUUUUCCCAAAACGUGGAAUUGACAGAUCCCAUAAUUUCCCGCUUUGACAUUCUUUGUGUUGUUAAGGAUGUGGUUGAUCCAGUAACAGAUGAGAUGCUAGCCAAAUUUGUAGUUGAUAGUCACUUCAAAUCACAACCAAAAGGUGCUACAUUGGAUGAUAGAUCUGUACUCAAUUCAAAUGAUGACGCUCAAGCAUCUGUCCUACCUGCUGACCCUGAGAUAAUUUCUCAAGAUUUGCUAAAGAAGUACAUAACCUAUGCCAAGUUGAACGUAUUCCCAAGGUUGCAUGAUGCAGAUUUAGACAAGCUUACUCAAGUUUAUGCUGAAUUGCGCAGAGAAUCUUCUCACGGACAAGGGGUUCCAAUAGCUGUAAGGCACAUAGAAUCAAUGAUAAGGAUGUCUGAGGCACAUGCAAGGAUGCAUCUUAGACAACAUGUCACCCAAGAAGAUGUGGACAUGGCUAUUCGUGUAUUAUUGGACUCAUUUAUAUCGACGCAAAAGUUUGGAGUUCAAAAGGCUUUGCAAAAGAGCUUCAAAAAGUACAUGACUUUCAAGAAGGAUUUCAAUGCUAUUAUUUUGCAUCUUCUGCGCGGGCUCGUAAAGGGUGCACUUGAUUUGGAACUCUCGUCUGGCUCUACUGCAAAUCUUCCACACAUAGAUGUAAAAGUGGAAGAGUUGCAAACCAAGGCACUCGAGUAUGGCAUCGCUGAUCUAAAACCGUUCUUUUCUAGCGCCGAAUUUUCGCUGGCCAACUUUGAACUGGAUGAGAGACGCUGUGUGAUAAGGCAUCGUGUUGCAGGAUGAGUUCCUAUUUGUUUUCUUGUAGAUUUGAAUGGGGUGAUUUGGCUACGCAGUCCAUCAGCCGUACAAAAGCCAGGUUCUCCACAGUGGCAUAGCAUCCAGUAGCAACAGUAGCACCCAAAGAUUUUAAAUUCCUUCUCAAAUUCUCGUAAUCUAACUCUGAGACCUUGCCAUUACAAGGCGAAAGCAGGCGGACGCCACACCUAACAAAGCAAAACAUUUGGCCUAUUAGUAUUACUCUACGAGAGAUGUAAGCUUUCCCGACUCGAACCAUGCCUGCGUCAGCAUUGAAGCCUAACAAGAGUUCUGUGCUAAUGCCUGCCGGAGAACGGACAAGAUCUCCUCCUUUUCCUGUAGGCAUGGGCCUUGAGGUUACUGUCCACAAUUUAUGGUUACUAGUUGAUUUUUUUCUUUGUAAAAUGGAGAAAGCUGCUUUUAAGGUGCUUUUAAAUGUUAUGGUAUUUCCGCUUUUUGCUUCCGGUAAGAUUAGAACUACGGGAGAAAACCCGCGCAGUACGGGAAUGAGGUACCUGUGAGUGUAAUGAUGCUUGAAGAUCAAAUGUUAA